CGUUGAAUGUGAUCGUGCUGUCUUCAGCGAUUUUGAUAGUGUUGGAAUACAAAAAGGUUUUCUUUCAAAGCCGCCACGCGGUAAUUUCUUGCAGCUAAAUGGCGGACAAUGCAGGCGACCCUGAUGCUGAAUGUAGAAUAAGUGAUGGUGAUUACGUUGUGUUGAAGAGAGGGGAUGUUUUUAAAGCCGUACAAAUUCAAAAGAAGUCCAAAGUCGUAUUUGAGAAACAGUGGUUCCACUUGGAUAAUGCCAUCGGAGAAUUAUACGGAACGACGUUUGAGAUCGCACCUGGUGGGACUCUCCAGCCACGAAAACCUAAACAUACCGAGUCUACCACAGAGGCCAAAGAGGCAGGUAUGGAUAACAGACACAUAGUGGAUGAUGGCAAGUCACAGAAACUGACCAGAGAGGACAUAGAAACACUGAAAGAGCAAGGUUUGAAAGGCCAAGAAAUUGUUCAGCAACUCAUAGACAACAGUACAACAUUCAGGGACAAAACUGAAUUUGCUCAGGAAAAAUACAUCAAGAAGAAGAAGAAAAAGUAUGAGAGUAAUAUCACAGUCCUGAAGCCUUCUGCCCGUAUUUUGGCCUUGAUGUACCAUGGUAGAGAACCUGGUAAAAUCUGUCACCUGCGUUAUGACACCCUGGCUCAGAUGUUGACUCUGGGAAACAUCCAUGCUGGCAGCAAAAUCAUUGUGUUUGAAACCUGUGCAGGCCUAGUGCUGGGCUCUGUCAUGGAGAGAAUGGGCGGCUAUGGUUCAGUGAUUCAGAUGUACCCUGGCGGCGGUCCAACUCGAGCAGGAAUGGAGAGUUUUGGUUUCCCAUCUCAUUUUCACGACACGCUCCAUGACUUUCCUCUGUGUAAGGUCAAUGCCCUACUUGCAGGCACGCUAGACUUGGAGUGUAAGGAGACAGAGGCCAGUGAGACCAAUGGGAGUUCAGAGAAGCUUUCUGGCCCAGCUGAACAACCUCUUAUUGGUGCUCAGGGUGAUACGGAGGAAGGUAAUUCAGAGCCCCAGAGUAUGGAGGUCAGCACAGACCCAGCAGAAAGCACAGAAAAGGAGGAGAGGGAGAAACGAAAAGAGCUCAGGGCACAAGAGAAAAAGAUAAAGAUGGAGGAAAAGAGGAGGAGGUUAGCCGCAGCAGCGGCUCUGCUGGAGGGACGGAAUGCAGACGGGUUGGUGAUAGCUAGUCGUUUCCACCCUUGUCCCGUUCUGCUGGAGUUGCUGAAGUUUGUUGCCCCAUCCAGGCCAUUUGUGGUGUAUUGUCAGUACAGAGAGGCCUUAAUUGAGUGCUACACCAAACUCAGGGAACAAGGAGGAGCAAUCAGUCUCAGACUCACUGAUUCCUGGCUUAGACAUUACCAGGUGCUGCCCAACAGGACUCAUCCCGUGCUUCUGAUGAGUGGGGGUGGUGGUUAUCUGCUCUCCGGUAUCACCGUGGCUGCCGAUGUCUCUAAACCUGGAGCUCCGCAGAGACCCGAGGAGCCUGCUGCCAAAAGGAUGAAACUCAACAAGACAGACAGCUCGUGUACCAGCUCCAGCUAGCCUUUUCUCUAAACACAUCUUAGAGAUAAGCUUAAGGAGAAAUAACCUAAGUUGAUUUUUCCACUUGAGAUAUAUUGAAUGACUCUCAUAUGAAUUUAUAGGCUUUGUUAUGAAAAGCCUUUGUUUUUUUCCGGCAAAGAAUGCC